AUGGGUAAAAAUAACAAUAAAAAUCCAAAGAAUCUUCACCAGGUUGUCAACACACAAUUAAAAAACAAACCCUCCUUAAAAUGGCGUUUAAUUAAUAAAGAAGCCAACUUCUUCGAUAAAGCGUUUGAAGAAAACCUAAUAAAUUUCCAAAAAAUGUCUUUAAAUGAAGAUGAUUAUUCACUAAAAAAAGAAGAUCAUGUAGAAGAAGAAAUUAUACAAAAACGUAAAAAGUUUAAAAAAAAAAGAAGAAAGCGAAAGACGAAAAGAUACAUCAUGCGCGUGCAAAAUGGCAAUUUGUCUUAA